GCCCCGAUGGGCAUGCUUGCUCCCCGCAGCUUUGUCACCCGCUCACUGCCGCGCUUGGGGCACAACCUGGAGGAUCACUUUGACUUUGCCGAGUACAUGUGCCGGAUGCACAGCCCCAUCGGUGAGUAUCUGAUUUGGGGUCUCAUCUUCAGCACGUUCAUCAUCAGCUUUGGUCCGCUUCUCCAUUCCAACUACUACUUCACCGGCCGAUUCUUGCCAAAGGACCAGGGCAACUCUCAGCUUUGUGACGACAGCUGGCUACUUCCUGGCAUGGAGUACGAGGUCAUUGUGCAAGGCGACUGCCUUCUAUUCCAGAAUCGGUUCAUUGAAUGCACACGCUUGAUGGAGCAUUUUAUGGAUGUCGCAGUCUCGGAUCACGAAGCCAUGCCCAUGCCCACGAGCUACCGGCGCUUCAAUUCGGAGGUUGUGCCGGGUUGCGCGCUAGUUUGCGGCACGGACCAGGGCCUCUACGCACGUGCCCGCCGCCUGCACGGCGAGAGCAGUCGGCGGCUGCUUUACCGAUCCUCAGAUGGAAAGAGCAUUCAGCUGGACUUGGAUGAUGAGACGGGCCUGCGUGAAACAGCGCAAUCCGUCUCGACCUUUGCGUACAUAGCAGGCUGCGUGCUGGAGCUGGGCAAGCAUUUCCGCGUUAGCGGCGCUGAGAUUGUGAAUUACAAGUCCGACCUUCCUAUCAAGAAAGGGCUGUCAUCAUCAGCUGCCAUUUGUGUGCUUAUCGUGCGCGCUGAACCAGCUAUAUGUGACUUGAAGUUGACUGUGCAUGGAGAGAUGGACAUCGCGUACCGCGGAGAGAUCAACACACCCUCACGCUGUGGCCGACUGGACCAAUGUGUCGCGUUCGGUCGCCGAGUACGGGCUUGCAGCACAAUCUACAUGGUUGUGGUGGACCUUUGUGCAAAGAAGGACACAAAGGAGAUUCUGAAGUGCCUGAACGAGGCCUACCCCUUCCCCCGGGGCGACACGGACCGGGCUUUGCAUGCCCUUCUGGGCGAGGUGAACCAGCGUGUCUGCUGGGAUGCCCAGCAGAUUCUGGCUGAGGAGAAGGAUGGCUCCGUGGCAGCCCAAAAGCUCGGCGAGGCGGAACAGAAGGGGGCAAAGCAGAAAGACAACGCUCAAGUCAUGUCCGGGCUGGGCUGGGCUGCCAUGACCAAGGCACAGGAGCGAUGGGACGAGGUUGCUGUCCCCCUUUGCCCUCACGAGCUGACGGCGCCCACCCUGCACCGGCUGCUUACGCAUCCAUCUCUGAAACCGCACAUCACUGGCGGCAAGGGCGUGGGUUCCCAGGGAGACGGCUCGGCGCAGCUGGUCUGCCGCUCCGAGGCCGACCAGGAGGAGGUGGUGAAGAUUGUGAAGUCCUUGGGCAUGGAGCCUCUAAAGCUUACCAUCCCCGAGCAGAAGGCGGUCCGCACCGCAAUUAUUCCCAUUGCAGGUGCCUGUCCUGGCAUAUGGCCCGCUACAAAGUGCGUUGGGCCGUGGCUCUUCCCUGUGCGCAGCCGUGGGCUUGUGAAGCCAGCCAUUGCAUGGCAGCUUACCUGGGCAGGAUUGGGCCCCAAGGAAAAGAUCCUCUUGGUCGUGAACCACACCACCGAAGUGGAGAUGACAAAGCUCUUCAAACAGAGGGAGGAGGUGUCCGUGUUGAAUGCGGUGGGGCAGCAGGUGGAGGACUACGACGAGGUCCUCCUUUCAUUAGGCCUGCCUGUCGCAUGUGCCGGAGGUGCAGGGCAAGAGGAUGACAUUCGUGCGCCAGGCCUGUCAAGUAAGAUGAAUGGUGUGACUUUAUCCUUCAUGGGCAAAGAAAAGCCAUCCGGCAUCCGCGAUGCGCUGCUUCUCUGCGAGCGCGAGGUCUCGGGAGAGCCCUUUCUCCUGGCAUGGGGCGACCAUUUCAGUCGGUCGACGUCGCCAGAGAAUCGGAGUGUUGUGGCCCAGCUCCUGGAGGCUUUCAAUGGAAGACCUUUGGCUGCGAUGCAUUGCGUGGACAAGGACUCGCUACACCAGACUGGCGUCUACAGUUGCAAGGAGCCACCCUCGCCGCUGCCCCCACCACUGGGGCCACGAGCAUCGGCUUCUACAAAUACAAAGGCGCUGUGGCCGCUUGCUCGCUUGGCUGAGAAGCCAACCAGGGAGUUUGCGGAAGAGCACUUGGUGACGCCCGUCCUGCCAGAAGGCAGCUUUCUGACCUCGUUUGGUCAAUACGUGCUGACCUCCAGCAUCUUCCGAGCUUUGCGCUCAUCGAAGGCCGGUCACUUCACCCAGGCCUUGGACCAGCUGCGCCAGUCCGAAGGUAUGUUUGGGGUGCUCAUCGAGGGAAUGCGCUGGGACUUGGGUACAAUGCAAACCUAUGUUCAGUGCUUGCAGGCGCAAGCACAGGACGCUCAGCUGGCAGUAGAAUUCAUCAAGGACUUCGGAAUCGACAUUAUCGCUUGCUUUGAAGGUUCUCAACCGCAGUCAGCAUACGGGAGACAAAACAAGCUCAGCUUGCGCCUGGAUGAGUAUUUGUUGGCUGGGAGCUUCAAAUUUUUGGCCACGGAAGACUUUUCAGGGCCGCGGCUUCUGGAUGCCACGUCAACCAAUCCGCUCAGUGGGGCCUUGACGUUGAUGACAGACUUCAACUUCCUCUUCGAUGAGGUGGCGCUUCGCGGCCCCGGACCGCUUGCCUUGGUGCGCCUGGCAGACAGCGAGCGAGGUCCUGCAAUGGUUGUGGAUACAGCUGUUGAUGCCAUUCCGCUCUCCUACUUUCCUGGUAUGGCCUGGUGCUGA